AUGGAUGGGAAUUCUUCCAAAUUUUCCAAUGUGCGGUCCUUAAAUAUUCCAAAUUCAAACAGUUCAAGAAAUAAAUGUCCUAGUAGUAUUACAACACCUAAAGGUUCAUUUGGUGGUAGGUCCAUGAGAACUGAUAAUGGUGAACCACUUAAUUAUGCAUUAAUAGAUAUUCAGACUCCAAAUUUUAAGACAGUACACCCCAAUAGAGAAGGUGUUAUAAUCAAUAGCUUAAGAGAUAACUACUUAAAUACAUCAACGUUUUCCAGGAAAUUUUCGAAAUCAUCACAUUCUGGUAGUGAUUAUAAAUCAGCUAAUGGCAGUCAGUUAAAUUUCCAUUCAGAGCAGAAUGAUGAAACUAGUCCAAAAAUACAAAAUGUUAAUAAUAAUAUCUCUCUGAAUAACAUUUAUUUGAGAAAUGAUGAUUCUGUUUUAUUAGACCAUGAUUCCAACAUGCAUAGUGAAGGUGGUGAUAUUACGAGAGAUUUUUACAACAUAGUAAAGAAAACAGAUCCUGAAUCAGUGCAUAAUUCACACGUCUUACAAAGAACGAAAUCAAGUCCGAACAUUGCACCAAGUAGUAUUGCAGCGAAUGAAAAGAUUUCUGCAAGUGGUAUAAAUAUCCCUGGUGGAUUUAGAAGGGAGUAUAUUGUUAAUAAACUGAGAUCAAAACAAAAGUUAAAAGAUACUUUUGUAAAUAAGCGACAUAUCCAAGAUCGAUGUGACGGCCAGUUGAGUAGUUUAGAAUUAUCUGGGUAUGGUUCUAUUGAGGAAUCUGAAGAUUAUAACAAUAAAGUCCCCUUUUUGACGAGAAACUUUUUAGAAUUUCUUUAUGUGUAUGGUCAUUUUGCAGGUGAAUCGUUUGAGGAUGAUUUCAUUUCUGAAAUAGAUAAACAAUAUUUGACUGGAACACCUGGUCAAAUAGAGGAGGUCCCACUUUUAUCAAGGAAGGGUAUAAGUCGUGUUACAUCUGGUGUUAGAGUGAGUAAACCUAUGAUUCAGACAGCAAAAGGAAAAACUCCAACAACAAAAGCAUUUUUACUAUUGCUUAAAUCGUUCAUAGGAACAGGUAUUUUAUUUCUACCUAAUGCAUUUUCAAAGGGAGGUUUGUUGUUCUCAAUAGGUAUGCUUUUAUUUUUUGGUCUAUACUCUUACUGGUGCUACUUCAUUUUGAUACGGUCUAAACAAAUAACAAAAGUUUCGUCAUUUGGUGACAUUGGGUUGAUAUUGUAUGGUAGGUGGAUGAAGACAAUUAUCCUAUGUUCCUUAGUGUUAACACAGAUUGGUUUUUCAGCAGCAUAUGUUAUAUUUUGUGCUAAGAACCUCAGGGCUUUCAUAAUAAAUGUAUUCAACUUUCCAGAUUUCAAUAUAUCAUAUUUAAUGAUAUUUCAAUUAAUAGUUUUUAUUCCAUUAUCAUUUGUAAGAAAUGUCUCAAAGUUAUCAUUAACAUCAUUAAUGGCUAAUUUCAUGAUAAUGGGUGGGUUACUAAUUGUGUUAUUUUUCUGCAUUAAGCAUCUUUUUAUUGAUCUUCAAAUGAAGCCAGAGGCAGGGGUUAUAUAUGGUUUCAAUCCCGAUCUAUGGUCAGUAUUUAUUGGAACUGCUAUAUUUGCAUUUGAAGGCAUUGGAUUGAUUAUUCCGGUUCAAGAUUCUAUGAAACAUCCAGAACAUUUCCCAUUCGUUUUGUUUCUCGUAAUUUUGACAGCUACCGUAUUAUUCAUAUUGAUUGGGACUAUAGGAUAUUUGGCAUAUGGUAAAUACAUAGAAACAGUUAUUCUGAUGAAUCUAUCUCAAUCAAAUGUUUUUGUGAAUCUUGUUCAAUUAUUUUAUUCUGUUGCCAUUUUAUUAUCAACACCAUUACAAUUAUUUCCAGCAAUAAAAAUAAUAGAAAAUAGAAUGUUUACAAGUUUUAGGAGUACCGAUAAUGGGUCAUCUCAAUUUUUAUCAAACUCUGGUAAAUUAAAUUGGAGAAUUAAAUGGCGAAAAAAUUGUCUAAGAUCGAUCAUUGUUAGUUGUGUUAUUUUAAUAGCAUACUUGGGCUACAAUAACUUGGAUAAAUUUGUUUCUCUAAUUGGAUCUUUUGCAUGCAUCCCACUUGUAUACAUGUAUCCACCAAUGUUACAUCUAAAGAGUUACAGCAUACCAUCCUUAAAGCAGCAUAAAUUCAAUUUCACUGUAAUUUUUGACUUCUCAUUGAUUGUAUUAGGAGGAAUUAGCAUGUUAUAUACAUCGUAUCGAAGUAUUAUGGAUAGUUGA